GCAUUCAUAGGCUCAGUCAGAUUAUAUAAAAUUAAACCAUAAUUUAUACUUUCCACGCUUCCCAGUGGUUUUGUUCGUUGCGUGGUUAGUUUUCUUCUUUCUUUUCUUCUCUUUUCUCUACCGAAUCCUCGGCCACCAAGUGUUCGAAGAAAUGCCUGAGCCAUGCUCGCCUCGACCACCGCAUCAGUUCACACGCUGGUCACGCCCUCUUCGCUAGCCGCUUCUUCGUCUCACCAAGCCUUUCCCUCCUCGGUCCUCUCCGUCGUCAGGCCUCGGUUUCGGAGGAGGCAAGAGCGGUGGUUCGUGCCUCUGAGCUUCGUCCUCGGCGGCGGGAGCGAGCGACGGUGCGCUCUGUUAGGGUUUUAUCGCCGCAGCGGAUUGGUGAGGGACUGCGAGCGCGGUUUGCAUUGCGGUUGGUCGGGGUUCGUGAGGCGGUGCAAAGAUUGGGACUGCGAAGGGGAUUUCGCGUUGGAGGCGGAGAUUCUGGAGUUCAUGAAGAGCUCGGAGAAGCCUGACGCGUUUCCGAGCAGGAAAGAGCUUGUCGACGCCGGUAGGAUGGAUUUGGCGGAGGCUAUUGUGAAGAGAGGCGGCUGGCUGUCGAUGGGAUGGGACUUGGAGGAAGAAGGAGGAGGAGAAGGUCGAGAAGAUAGAGAUUUCGAUUCAGGUUUUGUAACGGCCGAGGAAUUUGAUGGUUUUCAGAAGAACAGUGAUUGGACUGGCGAAGAAGAAGUGGUUUCUUCAAGUCCGUACGAUUAUUCCAACUCGGCCUCAUCGUCGGGUAGAUCAUUAGAACGGGCAAACACAAGCGCAGAUCGUGAGACUGGAAUUGAAGGUAUAUUGAGUAGAUUGGAGAAAGAAAGAAGUUUAACUUUUGGAUUCGGUGUGGCAGAACAUGAUGACCGUACUUUCUCUGCGAGUAACAAUGGGAAAGACGAUCUGCAUUCCGGAUUCUCAUCAGAUGCGACAGUUAGUGGCUGUUUCGGAGGCAGCAGGUCUUCAUCAUUGAGCUCCAAGAAAGCAACAUUUGAUGAGUCAAGAGGGCGGUUUAAUCAGAGCGAGCCCUCUGAUGUCGACAGUUCAAAAAACUCACAUAAGCCUGAAUCGUGGAGAGCUUGGAGCAUUCAACGGGCAGGACUUUCAGAUAUUAAUCCAGAAGUCAUUGAAAUAUCAUCAAGCGAAACUAGCAGGGAAGAGUCAGUGGACAUUCCAAAAGAUGAAGAACUGUGGAGAGCAAGUGAUAGUGAUCCUAAUGAAAGGAAUGAGUUAGGUCUACGUCAUGAACUGAUUAAUCACAAUGAACUACGCAGUCGCCUUCAGCACCUACAGAUAGAGCUCUCAUCUGUACUCCAAGCUGUGAGGUCAAAUGCUGAUGAGAGUGCAUCCCAAAAGGUGGUGACUGGAUCAUUGCCUCUUGUGUGUAUCUUUCAACUCUGCUUGCAUAGCAAAUGA